CAUAAUCCAUGUAGGUUUAUAAAUACGCUGAAGACAAAUCUGUAAAUAUAAUUCAGUAUAAGUGGUUUUUAUCUUAAACUGAAUAAUCAUGCCUAAUGUUGCUGUAUAUUAUAUAGUGACUAUCAUCUGCUGAAUCUUUGGAAAAACCUACUUAGUAAUAUUACUUAGUUAAACUGGAUAAUAUUCGAAACACCGAAAGUUAAACAGCAUCUAGUGAUACGUCACAAAUGAUUGAAAACUACUGCAUUGUAUAAUAAAACAUUAUUGAUUUAGCAAAUCCCAGAUCAACUCUUUUAGACUGAUACCAAUCGGAUUGCUAAAUUCUAUUAUCCAAAUAUAGUCAUUUUUUACUAUUAAAGAGUCUAUAAGACAUUUGGAAACGGAAUCCCUGGAGAAUUUUCACAUCGUUAAUCAUCACGUCAGGCAUAUUUCCUUUAAAAGAAUUGUCCGACAGUUUCCAGUUCUUAAAUAUUCGCUGAAGAACUAGUACCCAACGAUAAGGGUGUUUAAUUAAGAACUAAAGAUAUAUUUACCGUAGAAUCGAAGCGAGAGAUUCUGUUAUUAGGAAGAUAUUUAGUUAAAGGUCCUCGGAGGAUUUAGAUGUUAAUUAAAAGAUAUGUUUUGAAUUAGCAUCUUAAAUAGGACAGAACUCCAGCUUGAGAAACGACACAUUGAGGAUACCAAGUGCCGAUCUAUACUCCACUCAGAAAUAGAUAUAACAACUUUCCUCGAGGCUGUUUCAGUGUAUAAGACUCUUCUCAACUGUUGAUUUCUAUAACUAUGGAUUGCUGAGCAUACUAACUCUAAUAGGUAUUUAUUGACCACAAUCGAGACUGAUGUCAAAUCGGGUACCAACAUAAUGGUUGCAGAAAGUGAUGUUACAGUAUAGAUUAUGGAGCUAUAAGGGGAAGAUUAAAACAGUCAUUUAGGAAUCUGUAGGACACAGAGGCAGGAGUUAAUAUACAUCGGUGCAUUACGUAUUAUAUUCAGGUACUUUAUACAACAACAGCAUAGCUAGGACUUAUUUGUGAAUAUUGUGUUGAAGGUACAAGUAAAUCAAGAGCAAGUUACAAGUAAAUCAAGAGCAAGUUACAAGUAAAUCAACAGCAAGUUACAAGUAAAUCAACAGCAAGUUACAAGUAAAUCAACAGAAAGUAACACAUGAUUGAAAGUAACAUUACAGAAGUUACAAGUCAUAUUUGGAAACAUAAGUGAUAUCAUUACUCAAGUUGGAGGUUCAGCAACCGUCAUAAACAGUAAAGAACAAAAAGUUGGAAGUAAGAUAAAAAAAACAGGACUAAUAUUGAACCAUACAAAUAGUAGCUGCAAGUCUACAUAAAACCUGAGAUUCCAGGCGCAAUUAGACUUGAUAAACAUACAAUCGCCCCAAUUUAACACUUUAAGAAAGUGGCUGAGGAAAAGACAGUGAGGUUUGAUCGUAUGUCAGUUGACUCUAUACCAGGUGCAAUUGAGGACGGAAUGGACAUGGAGAUGGAAGAACACCACAAAUUAUCAAGUCCAAGAAGUCACCAUUCACACACAACUGUCAUUGGAGCGGAGGACCCCCAUGAAGGCCAAGGUCUAUGUGGCACUAUCUUGUCUGUGCUUUCCUGGGUGCUAGUCGUGUGCACCUUUCCUCUGUCACUCUGUGUCUGCAUAAAGGUUGUUCAAGAGUAUGAAAGAGCUGUUAUAUUCAGGCUGGGUCGCUUGUUAGCUGGUGGAGCCAAAGGACCAGGUAUAUUCUUUGUGUUACCCUGUAUUGAGGCCUAUACUAAGGUGGAUCUGAGAACUGUGUCAUUUGACGUUCCCCCUCAAGAGGUUUUGACCAAAGACAGUGUGACAGUGUCAGUGGAUGCUGUAGUCUACUACAGAGUCAAUAAUGCCACUAUAUCUGUAGCCAAUGUUGAGAACGCACAUCACUCUACUAGGCUCCUAGCACAGACAACACUACGGAACGUACUCGGAACUAAAAAUUUGGCGGAUAUUUUAUCAGAGCGGGAGAGUAUCAGUAGCAGUAUGCAGUCGACACUGGACCAAGCCACAGAUAAUUGGGGCAUACGAGUGGAGCGAGUAGAAAUUAAGGAUGUGCGUCUACCAGUUCAGUUGCAACGUGCUAUGGCUGCAGAAGCCGAGGCCUCUAGAGAAGCCAGAGCCAAGGU